AUGUUGGGCUGGCUGGUCUGGAGCGUCAUGCUUUUGGCUGUGGGCUUCACCGCCGGAGCGCUUUCGAUGGUGCUUCUCGGCUGGGAGCCACUGCUGCGGGGCGCGGCUCGAGUUGUCAGAGCGAGGUCGAAGACGAAACACGGGCGCGGCCUCGCCCGUGAGGCGACCGGCGACGACCAGAACCAAUUUACCUUUCUUGCGCAGUCGCUGGUCUCGCAACAAGUACGGGCAACAGACAUCCUUGCGAUUGCAGCCCUCGCAUCCAAGCAACAACCGACCGAUGUCGACUCUGGCCUGGAAGGCAUGGACCUCCAUAGCCUCUCGAUGCCACUGCAAGUGAAGGAGUUCAACCGCGUCGUUGGUCGUCUCUUGAGCGGAGCCCUCGGUGCUUCGACACAAUUGCAGAUCAUCAAUUCUGCGCUAUCAUGCGACGACGACGUCAGACCUCUGCGGACGAGCCUCUUGUGCUUGACAAAGCCCACGUCCCAGAUCUUUCGGAUGACGCUACUGACGCUGCGUGUGCUCGUGCAGCGCGCAUCCGACGCGAUGCCCAGCGAAGGUGGUGCCCAUGCUGCUGUUAUGGCUCAGUUCCUCGGCCGCUCGUUCGGUCCAACACUGCAGCUGGACGCGAUUGCCCUCACUCGGCUGCUGCAAGACUACGAGACUAUCGUGCAACGCAUGUUAGCAAUAGAGGCUCCGUCCGAAGCUCUCCGCGCGUACGCUGCGGGUCCAGCGCUGCAUGUCGCCUCUGCCAGACAGACCACAUCGCCUCCAAUCGACGUGUCAUGGACCAACGCUGUGCUAUCGCGCUGGUUUCAAGAGUACGCGUCGAUGCCUCAGCUCGUCGCUGUCUGGGCGGCUUCGGCCAACCGGCUCUUGCAGAAGCAGCCUCUGCCGGGGUCCAUCGAAACACUUGAGCUCAAGCAGUUGACGCUGGGAGCGACUCCUCCUUGCAUUUCUAGUCUUGCGCACGUGGCGACCCACACUCCCGACGAGCUCUGCUUGGCGUUCACAUUGGACUAUACUGGCGACGCAAGUGUCGAGGUGCACACGUCCGUGCCCAUGUCUGACUUUGAGACCAAGGUUUCGAUCCGAGUCCAUAUCAAGUCGUUUCGUGGACGAGUACGGCUUCUGGUACCACCAGCGAUGACCGAUCCAGGCCACGGCUGGGUUGCGUUCGAGGAACCACCGACGUUCGCGCUCAGUAUUGAAAGCUGCCAACACCCGCCGCAAGGGCUACCGCAACUCGCCAAACUUGUUUCGCUCGAAAUCCUUGAAUCUAUUGCUGCCGACGCCACACUGCCUCACUGGGUGCACAUGGAGCUCCCGUGGCACCCCGUGACAUCGUCGCUGGACGCAUUUUUUGCAGACAUCCAAGCAGCACCUGGGACGACGACAUCCGAUGCGUCUGCCAAGUCGUUUGUGGAAACCGCGGGUGGCCUCAUGGGUAGCGCCGUCGGAAGUGCGUUUGGCGGCGCGUUUGGCGGCAAAGUCGCGCGGGCCGUCGGCGAAAAGAUGGGCGAGCACCUUGCCAAGUGA